GUACCCUCGAGAAACGCAAACAAAAUCCCCACCCGAUGCCGCCUCUCACACGCAACAAUUCCGACCAAAUGGCCGACUUGCCGCAGGAAAGCCGGCAGUACCAAAUGAAAAACCGCUUUCCGGCGCGAGGGAGCGGUUUUCCUGCGUCGACCCACGACCCGGGGCAUUACCAGGAGCUUCAGAAGCGGUUGUGGGAGCUGGAGAGGAGCCACUACGAGUUGAAGGAGCAGUUCCAGAGCUUAAAGGCGGCGAGGGACUCGCCGGAAAAUGGGGAUAGGCGGUUUUCCAGUGGAUGGAGAAGACUGGAUUCCGGUGAGAGGGGAGGUUCUGUAUUGCCGGGUUUUUAUUCGAGGAAUCCUUAUUCGAACAUAUUGCAGAGCAUGGGACACGCGUUGUAUAUAUGCAGAGCUUCGACGGGGGAGAUUGUGUAUUGGAACAGAGCAGCCGAGAACCUCUAUGGAUGGAUGGACUGCGAAGCCAUCGGGCAGAGGGCCACGGAGCUUCUCAUCGAUGAGAGGCACUACGGAUAUGUAGAGAGGAUCAUGGAGAGGUUGAGCAUGGGCCACUCAUGGUCAGGUCAGUUCCCCUUUAAGAAAAGGUCUGGUGAGGUGUUUACUGCCAUAGUAACCGAAACUCCAUUAUAUGAAGAUGGUGAGAUCACUGGUGUUAUCACUGUUUCCACCGAUGCUGCCCCUUUUAAUAGCUUAAACCCACAAAAUUUAGGCCCAAAUAACCAGAGCAGGGAACAAGUUGACCGUGUCCCUAGAAUUCGCGGGCUAAGCAAGGCAAAGAUUCAAUGGCACCCAUCCCCUCAGAUUGCUUCUUCUGUUUCAAAUCUGGCAUCGAAGGUGUUGUCACGCUUACGUGCGGGGGAUGCUAAUGAUUCAGAUUGCAGCAGUGAAAGUGGCCAUGAGUCGAUGCCAGACACUGAACAUCGAGAAAGCAGAGGGUCUGAUGGACUGGUUGGGAACAGUAGUGGCAGCGCAAACAACAAUCAGCAGAAUGAGGAGGAUGGAAAUGAUUCUUCUCAACCUUUAAAAAUUGUUGGGAAGGUUCUGUCAAAGUUGCAGAUUGGAGUGACUAGCAACAAUUGUUCUCAGCUGAACAGAACUGGUGAACCUUAUCCCUUGGAUAAUUUGGCGAGCAUUUCAAUGGGAAAGCCAGCUGAAUCACUUUCAAAGGUGACUCCUGGGGACAGCAAUCCUGGUUCGAAUGACAGUGCCAAGGCUAGUCCAAAGGAUCCAAUGAGAUUGAUUGGCUCAAAACUUGUUCCCAAAAUUCUUCCCAUAUUGAAGCUGAAAAGAACUCCUGGAUCUGACCAUAGCAGUGCAGAUUGCAAGGAAAGAGGGUGUAUUCAAGGUGGAGACAAUUCUAAUGGUGUUAAUAAUAAGAAGCUUAGCCCAACUUUGAUGGGAUGUCCAGAGUGCUCUGAUAUCGAUAAACUAGGGUUCCCUUCACCUCCUUUGGCUUCUGAACAAGAAGGAAAGGAGCAUGCACAACCAAGUCAUAAAGGUUCUGAUGAAAAUUUAGUUGGAGAUGUUGGAGCGCACCAUAAGAAGCUUGACAGAUCGAGUUCUGGAGAUAGUACUGGUGGUGGUAGUCGUGGCAGUUCUUCAAGGGGUGAAAUGGAGCAGAAUGCAUUCGCUGAUUGCGAGAUAAUUUGGGAGGAUCUUAUUUUGAGGGAGGAAAUUGGACAAGGUUCAUAUGCUGUUGUUCACCAUGGUAUAUGGAAUGGAUCAGAUGUCGCCAUAAAAGUCUACUCUGGAGGAGAGUAUCAUGAGGGUAUUUUACUGGAUUACAAAAAAGAGAUUGAUAUAAUGAAAAGGCUGCGGCAUCCAAAUGUUUUGCUGUUCAUGGGAGCAGUAUACGCUCCCAAUCGUCUUGCCAUAGUGACCGAGUUCAUGCCAAGGGGAAGCCUUUUCAGGACUCUACACAAGAAUACACAGGCAUUAGACCUGAAACGCCGGUUAAGGAUGGCACUUGAUGUUGCUAGAGGUAUGAACUACUUGCAUCACAGAAAUCCCCCCAUAAUACAUCGAGACCUGAAAUCAUCAAACCUACUUGUUGACAAAAACUGGACUGUCAAGGUUGGAGAUUUUGGUCUGUCAAGAUUGAAGAAUUCAACAUUUGUGACUGCAAAAUCUGGGAGAGGAACGCCACAAUGGAUGGCCCCUGAAGUCCUUCGAAAUGAACCCUCAAAUGAGAAGUCUGAUGUAUACAGUUUUGGUGUAAUUUUAUGGGAAUUGAUGACGGAAUCCGUACCAUGGAGCAAUUUAAAUUCUCUCCAGGUAGUCGGUGUGGUAGGCUUCAUGGAUCGCAGGUUGGAGCUUCCUGAAGGCCUGGAUCACAGAGUUUCAUCCAUAAUUCAGGAUUGCUGGCACAGUGAUCCAGAAUGUCGACCUUCUUUCGAGCACAUUCCUCAAAGACUGAGGAGCCUAAUAAACACAGUUCCGGCUACUGCUGUUCGAAGAACUUCAUCUUCAGAGACUCCAAGGUGAGGCCUCUGACUCUAGAUCUCAGUGUCUACAUCUUCAAAGGAACGAGAGCUUCUUUUGUCAAAGCUCUAGACCGAAUCACUGGUUUUCUUGUUGCUUCUCUCUCUCAAUGACGAAGCUGCAGAAGGAAAGGUGAGAUUUUUACCAGAGGAGAUUGAAAGCCAUGGGAAAUGGGAAUUAGGAUUUGAGGCGAUGAAACACUACAAUCAUUAAGAUUAAACCCCUGAAAGGAUUUGUGCGUAGGACUGAAAAAUUAGGGUUUGGAGAUGAGCAGAAACGUGGAAACUUGGGUUUUUGGCCUGAAAAUUAGGGUUUGGAGAUGAGCUCAAAUGGGAGAAGUGGGGGGUUUACGUACUGUGAAAGCUAGGGUCAAGACAAUGUGAGAGAAAAUGGUGGAACUUUUGCUUGGGAGCUCGAGUGUAGAUCCUAGGACCUGAAUUUUGAAGGUUUUGACGAGAGAAAAUGGUUUUUUUUUCUUUUUUUGGAGGUGUUUUAAUUUUGAACCUAGCUUUCCUGCCUUCUGCCCACGCUGCCUGGCAGCUUCCUUUUUUUUUUUUGCUAAAUAUCGCGGUUACUUUUGUAUGACCGGCCACCUUAAGUUUGUUGCGUUGUUUUUCUGGCAGAGCGAAAAGAGUUUUGCUUUGGUUAAUUUGGGAUAUGAACUGCAAGGGUUUCCUUUUUUUUCUUGCUUUCAGUGUCGGACCUGGACCUGAAUAGUAUUCAGGUCCAAGAUUUGGAUCCGGACCCGAAUAGUAUUCAGGUCCAAGAUUUGGACCCGGACCCGACUUGGUGGGUCCAAAUUUUUGGACCCAUUCUUGGAUCGGGACGGGUCUAACCCUAGGGUCCUGGGUUGGGUCAUCGCUACUACUUGCUUUUUAAUUCUCAUUUCCCUUUCCUGUUUUAUUAUUAUUAUUGUUUUUUCACCCCAUCUUCUUGGCUCUGUCUCGCUAUCUUUUUCCGACUUUACAUGGAUAUUAAACAUUGAAACUAAUGUACUCGACACCAAGAAACAUCUUUCCGGAGGUAUCUUACGUAACUGAUUUCGUAGUCCUCUAUUAUGGAUGGUUUGGAUGUACUCAUUAUGAACAGGGUUUACCAUUUCAAUGAAAUUAAUCCUCAUAAU